ACUCACCAGUAUCAAUCAUACAAACCCUAACCAAACACAGGGUUCGAAAAUUAUCAUCGAUAUUAAGAUUUCAUUAUUUUAUUUGCAGCCACCGAUUACUCAACUUUCAGGUGCAACAAGAGAUUGAAUAGAUGGAUCUGGCACAUGUUAUCGUGGCAGAAGAAGAUAGAAUAAGCAAAUUGUCGGAUGCGAUUAUUCAUCGCAUUCUGGCUUUCGUUGGCAUGAAAGAUGCGAUCCGAACUAGUAAGAUUUCUAGGAGAUGGAGGCAUAUUUGGACUACAUUGCCCUAUCUUAACUUAGAUACUUCAGAGUUCCAUAGCUUGCCUCAAUUUACCGAAUUCGUGAGGCAUCUACUAUCUCGUCGGAAUAACAACGCAUUGGUUUCGACAGUUAAACUCAACACCACAGGAACACCGGCCCAUGUUGCUGUUAGAAAUGUUAUAAAGUAUGCAUUCUCGCUUAAUGUUAAGCAACUGACUGUGAGAUGUGGCGCUCAAAUAAGUUUUUUACCGUUUCCAAAAUGUCUUUUCAGUUCUCGCACACUCAAACAUCUCACUCUCACUAGUAUUCCUGGUCGUUGUCGUCAAACAUGCGUCGAAACGGUAUCAGGUUGGGACUUUCCAUCCUUAGAAACUUUAAAUUUGACAAACAUCUAUUUCAAAGCAGAUAAGAUCCUCAACCCCUUUUCCAUGUGUGUGAAUCUAAAGAAUCUUACUUUAGAUGGGUUUUCCAUGUUCGAGGUGGGGAUAUUCAUUAUUUAUGCUCCACAACUUUCUAAUCUUACUAUUACAAAGCCAUUCGGGUUGCCAAAACUUAUUAAUGUGGUUGCACCUCAACUUCAGAAUCUUACAGCGUCAGUAACCGAUGGCUGUUCUCCGUACUCUAUGCUGCAGUUGCUCACAGAGGGCUUCAAUUCGCUUGAGAAAGUGAAACUUUCUUCACAUCAAAAGAUACAUGUUCCCUUGCUAGUUGAUAUGUAUCAUAUGUUUUGCAGUGCUACAGUCCUUACUCUUGAUAAACACGUCUUUGAGGCCAUCUCGUUAUGUCUGGAUAAGUUCUCCCUUGAACGUUGUCCAUUUAAUAACUUGAAGUGCCUCAAGGUACUUGGAGUAGUGUCAUGUUACCCCACUCGAGCCAAAAACUACUUGUUGGAGAAUUCUCCAAAUGCUACCUUCCUCAUGGACUCACCUCAGGUGCCACAAAAGAUAUUAAGGGAGCCGAUACCUAAUGAUGGAAUGGCAAACAAGGUAGAGGCAGAAAAUAAGCAAGCAGGGACUAUGGACAAAGUCAAGAGAGUGUGGGAGGCUAAAAUACCAACUAUAUGUAAAGUUGGAGAGCUGCGUAGCAAAAUACAAACAUUGGAGAGAACAAAGUGGCAGCUUGUGGAAUUGAUGCCACAUGUUAUUAAGGGAAAAAUGGCAGAACUGAAACUCCAGGUUGAAAGUGGAAAUCCAAACUAUGACCGCGUUAGUUGGAUAGGGUCUGAGUUCAAAUCUCUCUUACAGUUGAUACCCAAGUGCGCAAGGUUAACCGUGGUGGCACAUUUUUCUUCUAUGUAUAAAAAGAUGAAGCGACUGUCCCAUACCUACAUCAAUGCUAAGCAGUGGGCAAAGAUUGAAGCUAAGCUGGGGCAUUUUGAGGAUUCUGAGAAGGUUUACUCGGAUAACAUUCAGAUUCGCUCUGACGAUCUUACAACAGAUAUUGCGCCGACGCCAUCUUUAACUAAUGAUGGUAAUACUUUUCUUGAUAAGACUCAAUGUGAACAAGUUGAUGCUGAUUUGAAAGAUAACACGGAAGAAGUAGAAACAGUGGAGCCUAUAUCAAAAGAAAGCAGACAACUAAAAAGAAAACGAGCAAUUCAAGAGAAAGUUAUGAAGGAAGGAAAUGAGUGGUCCGCAUGUUGGCAAUAUUUUGAGAAAGUUUACAAGAAUCAAUUGGAUGGAGUGAAAAAGAAGUAUGGGAAGUGCAAGCGUUGCAAAAAGCUUAUCGAAGCUGAACCGAUAAUAAAUGGUACGCCUGGUCUUAAAAAACACUUUAUCAGCUGUGAAGUAAAUCCCGAAGUUAGAGCUAGUAAAGGAGUCAGCAUAGUGUUUAACAAAGAUGCUAGUGGGGAGGGUAGUAGUAGCAUUAAUGUUUGGAGCCAUGAUGAUCUAGCAAUUAAGGAAGCUUUAUUAGACUUUUUUGUAUGUGCGGAAGUGCCAUUUAAGCUUGUAGAACACUGGGCUUUUGUUAGGAUGGUUUACCAAUUGAAUGGGAAGGUAAAAUUACCAUCACGUCAUAAACUAUCUAAGGACAUUGCCAAAUACUACCUAGAAGAAAGAAGUAAAUUGUUUUUAUAUUUAAGUGACCCGAAGACUACCAUUCACUUGACUACUGAUACAUGGACAUCAUCUUGUCAAAAAGUGAACUAUAUGGUAGUAACCGCUCAUUUCAUUGAUGAAAAUUGGGUCAUGCAUAAAAGAAUUAUUAACUUUAGACCCAUUGAAAGUCACAGUGGAGAUGACAUAGGUCCUGAAUUGUUGCGUUGUAUAGAUUGUUGGGGGAUUCAAAAUGUCAUGACUAUAACGCUUGAUAAUGCGUCUAGUAAUGAUAAAGCUAUAGAGUACUUGUUGAAAGAGCUGCCUAACUUGUAUGAUAAAGGGAAACAUUUUCAUGUUAGGUGCAUGGCACAUAUUUUAAACCUAAUUGUGAAAGAUGCUUUACGUAGUCAAACUCAUCAUGUUGAGCGCGUGCAAAAGGCAAUCCGGUACAUUAGACGUUCAACACAAAGAAUAACAAAGUUUAAAGAAUGCAUGGAAAAAGAAAAGAUUGAAUCAGAAAUGUUUUUAUGUCUUGAUUAUCCAACAAGGUGGAAUUCCACGUAUGAGAUGUUGAAAAAUGCCGUGGGCCUGCAAAAAAUCUUUUCGAAGUAUCAAAGUGUGGAUCAAUGUUAUAGGCGUGAUUUAGUAAGAUUACCGGAUCGUGAUGACUUUAAUGCUUGUGAAAAAGUAGUUCUGUUUCUAGAGAAGUUCAAAGAUAAAACAGAAAUUCUUUCAGCAACUUCAAAGCCUUUAUCACAUCUUUUUCUUAGAGAAGUCUUAGAUGUAGAUUAUCAUUUACGUGUGUGGGAGAGGGACAUUGAUUUUUGUAAUAUAGCUGGGCAAUUGAGAGAAAAAUUUGAUAAUUAUUGGGGAAGGUUAGAUAAGCUUAAUGACUAUUUUUACUUUGCUGUUAUCUUGGACCCCACUAUGAAAUCAGUUUUUGUUAGACAUUGUUUUAGAGUGGUGAUUACGAAUGCAAUAACCAAGGAAAAUCCGAUGUCUAUAACUUUCGUUGAGAAGAUGGUGGGAGUUUUGGCCGGGGAUGUUGAGAAUAGGUUAGGAAAGUUGUUUGAGACAUACGAAGCAAGGUUUGGCCCUGGUGGUUCAGAAUCUCAAGAAGCAUGUAACGAAGAAGAUGCUGUAAAGUCUCAAGGAAAAAAUGACUUCUUCGCGGACUAUUUACACAUGGAAGGACAUGCCUUGUUUCCAACUGAAACCGAAUUAAUAAGGUAUCUUCAUGAGCCGGAGGUGAAUUUCGAACCUGGAUUUGACAUACUCAAGUGGUGGAGUUUAAAUGAAAAUAGGUUCCCAAUUGUUGCUCACAUGGCUAGAGAUAUCUUGGCAAUUCAAAUUUCAUCAGUGGCGUCUGAAUCGGCUUUUAGGAUGAGCCGCGGUAUGUUAGACCCCUAUAGAACAAGGUUGUCAACAAACAUAGUGGAAGCGUUGAUUUGCACACAAGAUUGGGUUAGGAAGUCGAGUAACUCUAUAUAUAUGGAUCAAGUUGAAGACAUCUUAAAUGAUGACGACAUUGCCAUUGAGAUUGAGGAAGCGAUCAACAACCAAAAAGAUAAAGGAAAAGAACAAAUGCUUGUGGAAGAAUAAUCUUUGUAUGUUUGUUGAGCUUAAUGUUAUUUUGAGAAUGUUUGAUGUUAUAUUAGGAACGAAUGCAAUGUUUGUAACAGAUAUUAGCAACUAAUAGUAGAUGGUUAACUAUCUGGUAUGUCACAAUUGACUUGAUGCCCUUCUGGUAGUGUCCAUAUUGCUUUAUGAUCAGAUGAUUAAAUGUGAUAGAUGUGACUUUUUGGUUA